AUGGAGCUGGACAUACAGAGGAACGAGAUGCUGCUGGCGCCGACGAUGGCGUUCAAAAAGGUGCAGAUGGCGGACAAGUACCCCAAGGGCCAGUCCCGUGGCCGCCAGUGGAAGCACCUCCGCUUCCUCCUCCAGGCCGCCGACGCCACCUCGCUCCCCCCGGACCGCCCCAACUAUCUAAAUAUUCAGUCGCCGCCAUCCAUUUAUCCACCAAAGAGAUACUGUGACGUAACAGGUUUUGAGGCACCAUACGUAGAUCCCAGGACCAAGCUGCGCUAUGCUGAUCCAGAGGUGUUCAAGCAAAUAAGAAAUCUUCCAGAUGAAUAUGUCCAAAGAUAUCUGGCCGUGAGAAAUGCAGCAGUUGUUCUACGAUAAG